CCAAUCAGCGGAGCCGGCAUAGCAUCCUCCAGGGCCGCUGGAGUUCGCGGGAAACCGGCUCUAGUCGAGAUACAAGAAAGGACCUAGGAAAAAACGAAAUAAAUCAGUGUGUUAUAAUUCCAUCUAUUUUAAACUGUUACAGUUAAAACAGGGAAGUGACACAGCUCAAAAUUGCCGUGUUUCUAUGACUGCCGCCCUGGCUGCUUUGCUAACACCCGACGCUUGUUAGCUAGGUUGUCUUAUUGGCUAACUGGAACAUUGUGCUUCAUGCGACAGGACAGAGAAAAUACUACUGACUUGAAGGAGACAAAGGGCUGCCGCUGUCAGACACGCACCAGUCUGUUAACAUGUUCAACUUAGAGCGUUUUCGUUAUGAUAAGAAGACGACAAACGACAACGAAGAGGAUAGAGGGUCCAAAAGUCCCGAGUCUGAGAAGGAGAACAAGCCAGCAAAGAUGAAACCUGUCAAAGCCCAAACAAAGUCUGAUGCCCGAGGAGUGGUUUUUGAGGAAGUCCUUACAAUUGACCUAGAGGAGGAUGAGCUCCUUUCGGAAACAAAAAACAAAACACUAUUAGCUCGGAAGUUCAAAAAUCCUGUUGGAAAGUCAUCAAAAAAUGUGGCAUCAGAUCACACGGAUGACGAGGACUAUGAAGCGCAGGAGAAAACUGACAGAUUACUGGAGAUGUUUCCUCAGUUGACAAGAACGCAGGUACUGGAGGCAAUUAAGAACACAAGCACAUUGGAUGGGGCUGCAGCUGAAUGCAUUUUAAGAUUUGGUGAUAAAGAAGACCAAAGCAGGAAGAGAAAGCAGGAUGGAUCCUGCAGUUCUCAGGACAGUGGUGAGAUUCAACCCAGCAAGAAGAACAGGCCAUUGGAGGCUUCUGAUGAAGAAGAGGAGGAAGGCAAAGAGCCAAGCUGGGAGAAGAAGGAAGCCAUGGUCAGAAGACUACAGAAAAAGUUUCCUGAACAGGACAAGGAGGAGCUGCGGAUGGUCCUGCAGGAACACGACUGGAAUGUAGAGGAUGCUCUGCAGGUUCUACAGAUGUUCUCAGACCCUGAUGAUACCAGUUUCAGCUCUCCUGACUCAGAAGAAAAGAAAUCCAGGAAAUCGAAGGGCAAACAAAAGUUGAGCAAGGGCCACAGAAAUUCUAGGUCACACAAAGAUCACCGAGGCAGUAAAAGAGAUGGAAAAGACUCCGAAGACGACAUGACAUGUAAAUCAGAGGAGGACAGUAAAGGAGAUACAGACAUUACAAAAGACAGUGAGGAUUCAGAUUCUGACAGCAGUGUAGGCCUGAGUGAAAUAAGAAGCACUUCCACACUUAUAAAAAUUCCUGACUCGGUUUCUUCAUCAUGCUCUGUCAAGAAAACCGCUACCUCUUCAUCGCUGAAGCCAUCCUCCUCUGUCUCUACCGCUCAGAUGCUGUCCAGAUUUGCAAGUGGGACCAGUAUAGCUAAGAAGCAGGCAGCAGAGAGAAAGAGGAAGGUUCUUGCCUCAGAUGAACAUGUCAGUUCUGAGGGUGAAAAUGACGAUGAAGAGGAAGCCGUUAGCAGUGAGUUUGAGGACUCCGAUGAUGAGCUGGAUUGUAGAGGUGGCAUGACGGAUCUGAAGAAAGAGAUGCUCAAGUUCUUCCAGGAUGCAACGAUCGAUGAGCUGUCGCUUAUCUCUGGCUGCUCUGUUAAAAAGGCCCAGAAGAUUUUGGAUCUGAGGCCCUUUGAGGGCUGGCAAAGUCUGGUUGAUGUCUUCAAUAAGUCCAAUGGACUAUCAGAGACCUUACUGAUAGGCUGCAAAGCUGUCUUAAAAGAGCGGAAGGUUGUCCUGGGGCUGAUGUCCAAAUGUCAGACCAUUUCCUCAAAAAUGGUCGAUCGGGUCACUGAGGUAAUGGAGAGGGGCACAGCGGCCAUGAAACAGCCCAGCCUACUCAACAGCAAUAACCAGCUCAAACCCUAUCAGCUGAUUGGUCUAAAGUGGAUGCUGCUUCUGCAUGAGCACACACUGAGUGGGAUCCUCGCUGAUGAAAUGGGUUUGGGGAAAACUAUCCAGGCUAUAGCAUUUCUGGCCCAGCUAUACCAGAUGGGAAUAGUGGGUCCUCACCUCAUCACUGUGCCGGCCUCCACACUGGAUAACUGGGUCAGAGAGCUGAAGCUGUGGUGUCCAAGCCUUAAAGUUCUAGUCUAUUGUGGAUCUGUAGAGGACCGCCGCUACCUCAGACACGAACUCCUCGAUGACACAACUGAAUGCAAUGUCAUCGUGACCACAUACAACAUGGCCAUAGGAAACGAUAGCGACCGCGGUCUGUUCCGUAAGCUGCGUCUGAAGUAUGCAGUGUUUGAUGAAGGUCACAUGCUGAAGAACAUGAACUCUCUUCGCUACCGCCACCUUAUGGCUAUUAAUGCAGAGCAUCGCUUGCUGCUGACUGGAACUCCUCUACAGAACAACCUCUUAGAGCUCAUGUCUCUUCUGAACUUCAUCAUGCCCUCUUUGUUCUCCAGCUCAACUAACCAGCUCUCCAAAAUGUUUUCAAUGAAAUCCCAUGAGGAGCAGAGCCGCUUUGAAAGGAACCGUAUAUCUCAGGCUAAACUCAUCAUGAAACCUUUUAUCCUCCGAAGAGUCAAGAGCGAGGUUCUCAAACAGCUGCCAGCAAAGGAGGAGAAGAUCGAGUCCUGCCCAAUGAGUGAGAAACAGCAGGCUCUCUACCAGACCCUCUUCAAAACACUCAAGUCGUCCAACAUAGGAGAGAAGCGCGAGUUGUGUAAUGUGAUGAUGCAAUUGAGGAAAAUGGCCAACCACCCUCUGCUUCAUAGACAAUACUACACCACAGAAAAGCUCAAAGCAAUGAGCAAACUCAUGCUCAAGGAGCCAACUCACCUCGAUGCAGAUGCUGCUCUGAUCCAGGAGGACAUGGAAGUGAUGUCAGACUUUGAGCUACAUCUGCUGUGCAAGCAGUACUCCUCCAUCGGCACUUACCAGCUUGAAAACCAUCUCCUGCUUGACUCAGGGAAAUUUCACCACCUCAAAAAGCUGCUGGCCUCACAUAAAAAUAAGGGUGAUCGAGUGGUAUUAUUCAGUCAGUUCACCAUGAUGCUGGAUAUUAUCGAGGUGCUGAUGCGACAUCUUAAGCAUCGUUUUGUCAGACUGGAUGGAUCCACACCCAUAGCCGACAGGAUUGGGUUGAUUGAUGAGUUCAACACGGAUCCUGCCAUAUUUGUGUUCCUGUUGUCAACACGUGCUGGUGGCCUCGGCAUCAACCUCACAUCCGCUAAUGUUGUCAUCCUACAUGACAUCGACUGCAAUCCCUACAAUGACAAACAGGCAGAGGACAGAUGUCACCGUGUAGGCCAGACAAAGACUGUACAGGUGACUAAGCUGAUCAGUAAGGACAGCAUAGAGGCCAUCAUGCUGCAGCUUAGCCAGAAAAAACUGAAGCUGGAGCAGGACAUGACCGCUGCUGACGGUGGUGAGGGGACCAUACCAGAAGAUAUGGCGUCUUUGCUCAAAGCCUCACUGGGAAUGUGAUACACAAACUGCUGAAACUUGAGCCUAAACAAACACAGUUUUGCUGGCAUUCUUGAGUGUUUUGACUGAACACGCACACAUUUUUUUGUAUCGAUACUGGGAAACUACUGAGAACAAUAUGCCGCCAUUUAAAGAAAAAAAAGUUCUGAUAUUAAGAACUAAUCUACAUGGCAGCUGUGGAUGAGCUGUGCCUAAAAUAUAAUUUUCUACAUGCAUCGAAUCUGUUGCUCUUUAAAUACGAGAUCAGCAUAGAGGCACAACUAAAAUUCUGCCUUCUAGAUGUUUGCAUUUCAUAUGUUACACAAGGAUUCUGUUAAAACUUGAAAGAAAUGGUGAAGAAGUUCAGAUCAACCCGUUAUUAAUGCAACAUGUGUUGGGGUACACUUGUUAAAAAAAGAAGCAUCUUUUCAGUUCCCAUGACACAUGCAGUCUCAUUUAUACUCACAUCAAGGUGUUGUAUGCAAAAGGAUGCAUACUGGUGGUCUUGGAUUGCUAAAAAGGUUGAAGUUCUAGUAAAGAAUGUGUGCCAGAGAUGUAGGAUUAAAGAUCUUUUAACAUCUUUCCUACCCGACAGUGUUGCAUUGUGCCUAUUGUACUGCUCUAAGUUGCCAGCUCCUAAAAAGAAUAAUUGUUUUUGUCAAAUGUUUUGCUUAUUCGGUCCACAGCAGCAGAUAGGACAACUUUACAUAAAUUGGUCCUUUUUAUAUACAUUUUCUGUGAUACCAUAUUCAAGCUAGCAGUUUUUUUCAGUUUCAUCAAAAAGUCAACCAAGGAUCUGAUGAAAUGUAUUCUGUGUUAUAUGUUGAGUUUCAUCAUGAUGCCAUAUUUUAAGUCACCUCUCUUGGCAAAGACAUUUUUAUACAGAAGAAACAUGGUGGUGUGGGUGUAGUUGGUGCAUUUAGUAAGCCAUUAUUCCAGGUUUUUUUAGUUUAAAACUAGAAAAAUGUGAAAUAGGAUGUCUUUUGAUAAGAAUGGUGCUUAAAUUGGUAGUCUCUGCUGUUUCUAGUCCUUUAAAUAUCUGGAGCUCAGUGAAGGAGAAAAGGAUUUAAACGAACAGCUGCUGCAUCCAUGUACUGUAUACAAAGUGGCUAAUGUACCGUGAGUGUAUAAGUGUAAGUUUAAAAGCUUUUAAUAAGUAAUUUGUAUGUUUCUAAGGUUCUGUUUAAAGUGAUUAAUAAAAGAUUGAAUAAA